CCUGCCAUUCAGGGCUGGACCCAGAAUAGAAGAAGUGGACAUUGGCCACAUGGAGUGGACAUAUAAGAGUUAACUGGUGGGGUGUGACAGGGCGAACCGCCUUCAGGAAGUGUUACUCACCGCCAGGAAUGUGCGCGCCUGUGCCUUGGGGGUUGGAUUCUCUUCCUGAGUCCCAGGAGAAGCUGAAGGAGCUCCCAGCCAUGGAGAACCCUGGGGAGACAGAAGCAUACCCCUUGGAAGCUGCCAACCUGAACUUUGUGCCUGGGCACCAACAGAAAGAAAAGCCAUCUCCCGACCCAUUGUAUGACACACCUGAUGCCAGCGGGGCACAGGCAGGCGGGGCCCAACAACCAGCGCGCACUGUGAGCCUGCGGGAGAGGCUGCUGAUCACCCGGCCGGUGUGGUUACAGCUGCGGGCCAAUGCUGCAGCCGCACUGCACGUGUUGAGGACAGAGCCUCCAGGGACCUUCCUGGUACGGAAAUCUAACACUCGCCAGUGCCAGGCUCUAUGUGUGCGGCUGCCAGAAGCCAGUGGCCCCUCUUUUGUCUCCAGCCACUUUAUCCGAGAGAGCCCUGGCGGCAUCUCUUUGGAGGGUUCAGAGCUCAUGUUCCAGGACCUGGUUCAGCUCAUCUGUGCAUACUGCCAUACCAGGGACAUUCUUCUCCUCCCACUCCGGCUCCCCAGAGCCAUUCAUCAGGCAGCCACCCACAAGGAGCUAGAGGCGAUCUCCCAUUUGGGCAUGGAGUUCUGGAGUUCCUCCCUCAACACCAAGGUUCAGCAGAGGCCUUCUGAAGCCCCACCGAUACCCAGGCUGAAGGCUCGCUCCCCUCAAGAGCUGGAUCAAGGCACUGGUGCAGCCCUCUGCUUCUUCAACCCCCUUUUCCCAGGGGAUCUGGGCCCCACCAAACGUGAGAAAUUCAAGAGGAGUUUUAAAGUGCGUGUAUCCACAGAGACCUCCAGCCCUCUGUCUCCACCUGCUGUGCCGCCUCCCCCAGUCCCAGUGCCGCCAAGGACUUCUUCCAGCCAAACAGAAAGACUGCCUCCUCGAGAGCUGCUGCAGAGAGAGAGCUCAGUGGGGUAUCGCGUGCCAGGGAGUGCUUCUGGCCCGAGUCUUCCUCCACUACCUUCACUUCAGGAGGCGGAUUGCUGCUCCCCUAGCAGCUCAGAGGAGGAGGGUUCUCCAGGAAGCCCUACAACCUCCCCACGCCUGGGCCGCCCAAGGCAGCAGCGGCCUUUGCUUCGGUCCAUGAGUUCUGCUUUCUGCUCUCUGCUCGCACCUGAGAGGCAGGUGGGCCGGGCAGCCACAAUGCUAAUGCAUAACCGAUACACAGCUGUGGGUCAGCUAGUGCAGGACCUAUUGACCCAGGUUCGGGCUGGUCCUGAGCCCCGGGAGUUGCAGGGCAUCCGCCAGGCCCUAAGCCGGGCCCGGGCCAUGCUGAGUGCAGAGCUGGGCCCUGAGAAGUUGCUACCGCCGGAGAGGCUGGAAUUGGUCCUGGAGAAGUCCUUGCAUCGCUCUGUUCUCAAGCCUCUUCGACCUAUCCUAGCUGCCCGCCUGCGGCGCCGGCUUUCUGCAGAUGGUUCCCUUGGCCGCCUAGCUGAGGGUUUACACCUGGCCCGGACCCAGGGGCCUGGAGCCUUCGGGUCCCACCUGUGCCUCACCUACCCAACGGAGACAGAACAGGUGCGCCAGAAACUGCUUCAGCUGCUUGGCACCUAUUCACCUAGUGCCCAGAUCAAGUGGCUCCUGCAGGCCUGCAAGUUGCUCUACACAGCCCUGAAAACCCAGGCGGGUGAGGAUGCAGGUGCUGAUGAGUUCCUGCCUCUGCUGAGCUUUGUCUUGGCUCAGUGCGACCUUCCUGACCUCCUAUUAGAAGCUGAGUACAUGUCGGAGCUACUGGAGCCUACCCUGCUCACUGGAGAGGGUGGCUACUACCUGACCAGCCUCUCUGCCAGCCUGGCCUUGUUGAGUGGCCUGAGCCAGGCCCGCUCUCUCCCACUCAGCCCGGCUCAGGAGCUCCAGCGCUCUCUGGCCCUCUGGGAACAGCGCCGCCUGCCGGCCACCCACAACUUCCAGCACCUCCUCCGAGUAGCCUACCAGGAUCCCAGCACAGGCUGCACCUCCAAGACCCUGGCUGUGCCCCCAGGGUCGUCAAUUGCCACCCUGAGCCAACUCUGUGCCACCAAGUUCCGAGUGACCCAUCCUGAUGCAUUUGGCCUCUUCCUCUACAAGGACCAGGGCUACCAUCGCCUGCCCCCUGAAGCCCUGGCCCAUGGGCUUCCUACAACUGGCUACCUCAUCUACCGCCGGGCAGAGAGGCCCGAGACCCAGGGGGCUGUAACAGAGAAGGCAAAGGCAGGCAGUGAGAGGCAAGAGGUGGGAGCAUGGGAGGAGGAGAAAGGGACCCUGAAUAGUGAGGGAGAGUCAGAGACAACUGUAGACCGAGGAGGUGAGGGUCAGGCCAGAGGGGGUCAUGUACAACCAGAGGAGCAAAAGGCAGAGGGAAGCCGGGCUGCAGAAGAGUAGCCAGGAAGAGCCAAGAGGGUCCCCUGGGCCUCCAGGAGCCUCUAAUCUACUCUUCCCAGCUGCCAAGCUUCCUUCACCACCCACACCCAGUUGUCUGUGUGUCUGCCACCACCUCUAUCUGAUCUUCA